AUGGCCUCCUGCGAUGCUCAAAGCUCUUUCGCGCUUCCAAUAGUUCUCUCGAUAAACGAUACUCUGAUGAUGGUAGGGCAGAACGAUGGAAUGCCUCUGCCAGCACAAACACAAUUAGCUGUCAUCAUUCUAUGGAUAAUUUACUGUAUCGGAAGCUCAUUGUACCCUAGCCUUGGACCAGUGCAAGUGCAAAAAUCUUUCCGACAGCUCUUCAACUGCCGUCCUUCCGAUCUGGCUUUCUUGGACAAGUACCGUGUGUUCGCCAUUGUAUGGGUCAUGAUGAACCAUCUAGGUAGCGAAGGACGAACGGAUAUUCUGCUUCGUCUGCCUUCAGGAGAAGAUUUCAAGAAAAACGUUCAUGAUCAUCCCAUUUUUGGUCCUUUCUUAGGCAACUCUGCCUUAGGCGUUGAGAUAUUCCUCGUUCUCUCCGGGAUACUGUCUGCGGUCUCCUGGUUCUCAAAAGAGCGUGAGCCGUUCUGGCCCCACUAUUGGUCAUUCGAGAAGAAACGCUACUUACGUAUAGCUCCAAGCGUAGUGGUCUUCAUAAUCUUUGCCGGCGGGCCUUUGAUGUCUUAUCUAAUGCCUAGAUUCUCCGACUCAAUGACUUCCACAUGUCCUAAUGUAGGAUACCUCAGUCAUAUCUUCUUCUUUGCUAAUUUGAGAGAAGCUCCAACAUGUUUGGGUUAUUUGUGGUAUCUGGGACUGGACUUCCAGCUCUACCUCAUCGUCCCAUUGCUCUACACUCUCACUUUCAAAUCAAUAAGAUUCUUUUAUGGAAUAAUUGGUUCUACUGUAGUUCUAUCGAUGAUUGCUCGUGCAGCUCAUUGUGCAUUUUAUGGAGUCUGCAACAACAGUGGCGUUGAUAUCCCUUUCAUCUCCUUCCCAAAUCAAACAGAAUUAGAAUUGAAACAAAUUUAUGGUGGAAUCUACCAGCUUUAUGGCCGUCCACAUACCAAAUGUGGUCCAUUCUUGACAGCUGCUGCUUUUGGUGUCUUUCUUGUAUUCUACAAGAGAAAUCGUCGUGCUAAUCCAGAACAAAGAAUACAGUUAACAGCCACAGCUAGCAGAAAUCUGUUUUACACAUCUCUCACUGUGGCAAUCACCACCAUAUAUGCUAUCUUGCCUGAAUAUUGGGAACCUGAAGCUGAUACGAACAUGUACAAUAUGAUAUAUACGGCCACAUUCCGAACGGUUUUUGCUAUGGCCAUUAUAGGAAUGGUAGCAUCGAGAUUAUUCGGACCAGACACUGAACCUGUCAGUAUCUGGUGGACCGUGCUAGGAAAGCUCAGCUUCAACGUUUUCCUACUUCAUAUGCCAAUAGUUUUCGUUUUCAACAAAUUGAAUUAUUUACAAGAAGCUGAAGGAGCUAUAGAGUUACUAGUAGUACUGCCAGUACUUGUAAUCAUAAGCUUCAUAGCAGCCUUCUUCUUUCACAUUUUCGUGGAAUCACCCAUAGCUGACAUAAUCCGAUACGCGGAGAACAGUUUUAUUCAUAAAGAAGAUAAACGCGAUUGA